AUGCCUACUGCAUCCGAUGAGUUUUCCAUCAUAAAACCAGAUAAUGUUCAAAUUGCUGAAAAAAUAUGCAAUGAUCUUAACGCCGGCGUUGCAAAAUUAGCAUUGGAUAAACCAACAACUAACUCAGAGGACCCUGAAAAGCCUAAGAAAAAGGGAAACACUAAAAAGGUCCCAAAAGAUCAAAUCACACCAGAGUAUAUAGAGAUGAAAAGAGCAGAAAGGGAAGAGAAAAAGCGAUUAAAAAGAGAGGCUUUGAUUGCACAGGGAAUCGAUCCAGACGCACCUGAAAGGCCAAAAUAUAUCAAAAGAGAGUUGCUUGAAGUACCACACGUAAGUUCCCUUGAUGACACUAAGGGGGCUUUCAAUUUCAAAAUCAUGACUUACAAUUUGUUGGCCCAGGCUUUGAUUAGGAGAACGCUCUUCCCAGACAAUGGAUCGAUCUUGAAAUGGCAAAUUCGCUCUAAGGUGUUACUAAGGGAAAUAAAAGACUAUGACUGUGAUGUCUUAUGCGUUCAAGAGAUUGAUUUUGUCCAGUAUAAAACUUUUUGGCGGCCAGAAUUAGAGAAAUUGGGAUAUCAUACGAAAUUCAACAGGGGAACCGACAAAAAUCAUGGUAUCUCAAUAUUUUAUAAGAGACAUCUCUUUAACGUUAUUGAUACAUGCCUGGUAAAUUUCGAUACUGAAAAAUCUGGAAACAUUCCUCCAAGAACAGUUACGAAAAAUGCAGGAUUAAUUGUGGCAUUAUCAAUAAGAAGUGACCCCAGUAAAGUUAUAAAUGUUGGUACGGCACAUCUGUUUUGGCACCCAUUUGGUACAUAUGAGAGGACGAGACAAACGUUUGUUGUGCUGGCCAAAUCUAAAGAAUUUGAAAGACGUGUACAAAUACUACAUCCCGAAGUUACAAAAGUUUGGAACUUUUUUGCUGGCGAUUUUAAUUCACAACCUUAUGACUCGCCAUACUUGUCAAUAACCAGUAAGCCAAUAACAUAUGAUAACAGGUGUAAGAAAGUGAUUUCUUGUUCUACUUCGUUUAAGUUUUCUUCCCGUAGAGAAGGUAAAAAUGGCGAAGAGGAAGAAGGUGGUAAUAUUGAAAAACACGGAAAAGAUCAGCCGACGGAUCCUGUACCGGAGGACUUCGUUGCUACAACAGAGCAAGAAGCAUUGGUUAAACAAAUUGAAGCUUUACAUAACCAAUUACCCCUCCGUGCAAUUUCACUGUACUCUGUUGCCUAUAAGUUGGUUGAUCCUGAAAAUUCAGGCAUCGAUAAUGACAGAAAUGAACCAUUCUUUUCCAACUGGGCAUACAAAUGGCGAGGACUAUUGGACUAUAUUUUUUUUAUCAAAGAAUGGGAUAUAGAUACUGACAAGAGACACAUUGAUGAUUUGGAAAGUUUUGAGGUCGAAAACGAUAUUAGGAUCAACAGACUUUUGAAGAUGCCACAUCCAGAUGAAAUGGAUAAAGGCCAGCCUCGUGAGAAUGAGUACCCUAGUGAUCACCUCUGUAUGAUUGCUGACAUCACUCUUCUAUAG